AUGAAAAAAAUUAUAAUUGGUAGCUCAAAUAUUCUUAUUAAAUAUAUUUUGUUUGGUGAUAAUAAAGUAAAAAAUAAAUACUUACAUAUACCAAGAAUAACUGGAUGGAUUGAUACUGAAAAGUCUAAAAAUAAUUCAGAAGAUUAUACAUAUAAAAGCGAUUUACAAAUAGCUAUUGAAUUGUGUAAACCAGGUCUUGAACGUAACCGUAGAAUUUUGGUUGUAACUUACUUACUAGAAUAUUAUACAAAAAAUGCAACUGAGCAUCAUGGAUGGUUAAUUACUAUUUCAAAAGCAUUGCCAGAUUUAUAUACAUAUAAAUUAGAAUAUUAUGUUAGCGAAUUAUUUUAUAAAAGAUGCAUGGAAGGUAUAGAAAUAUCAAAUGUUAUUGAACACACAGAUCUUAUACCUAUAAAUAUUCAGAUAAUUUUAAAUGCAAAACAAAAGUUCAUCGCAUUUAAUCCAAUGUCGAAACUUAUUUCAACAAAUGAGCCGAAAUUUAAUUUUAAAGUUUUAGUAUAUAACUUGAAAUUAAGAUUAACAAAACUAUAUAUAAAUAUGUUUUCAUAUAAUGAUGAUAAUUAUUCUCCAACUGUAAAAAUAGUUCCUUUGCAUAAUUUUACGGUUAAUAGUAUAAAAUCUCGACAAAAGAAUGACUACGAAAAUUUUUUUAUUAUCAAACUUUUAAAAUUAUUCUUCAUUCCUCGAAGUUAUUUUGUUAAUAAUUCAGAUAAUGGAAAACGUUUUUCACAACUUAGUCCAUUUGCUCAAAUAAUUAUAAAUGAAAGUAAUGAUGAUAUAUUUAAUAACCCAGUAAUGGAAGCUGCAGUUAAUUACAAAUGGCGUCCUGCAAGAAAUUAUUUUCUUCGACUUUUUGUUCUGUAUAUUUUAUUUGCAGCAUGUUUUGCAGCAAUUUGUGGAACUUAUGUUGCACAUUUUGAAGCAAGAGGAUAUCAACAUUUGACUUCAAUUGUUAUAGCUAUAGUUUUGAUGUCAGUUUAUGUCACUCCUUCAUUUGAUACCAAAAAUGCAUUUGCUGAUGUUACAACAACUCAAGAAGCAACUAUCGCAAUUUCUUUUACGAUGUUAUUACUUUGGUUUGAAUUUAUAUUAUAUCUUAGGUUACUUUCAGCGAAAUAUAUAUAUAUUAUGUUAAAUAUUAUUAAUGAAACUUGGUUGUUUCUCUCUUUUAUGAUACUUGUGAUUGUAGGAUUAGCGCAUAGUUUUUUAUAUUUAUUACAAUAUCCUGAUUUUACCAAUCUUUCAGAAAUAACAUCAUCAUCCACAUUAUUUACGGGUGAUACAACUGAACUCAAAAUUCAAAAUGAUUUUGAUAGAACCGAAGAUAACCCAGCUAAAAAUUUCUUCAUCUCAUUCCUUUCAACUUAUAAUUGGUUAAAUGGUGUUUUUUUACAACAAGAUACAUGGAAUUUUUGGGCAGUAAAAUUUAUUACUUUUUUUGGUAGUAUUCUUUUAGUAACCAUUUUACAAAAUAUGUUUAUUGCUUUUAUGGG